CGCAGUUUGCAGUUUCAUUCAUCGCUAGACGAUUCAAGGUCACGUCUCGUAUUUUCCUCAGCAGAAAAGAGUUACGAAAACCGGUCAAUAUAUCCCCCCACUGAGUUGCCUUAGUAACCGGCAUUAUAUAUAAAAAGGGAGCGUCACUCAGAAACAGCAGUUACUUCAAAUCAUAAUAAUACCACGUGCUAUUAUCAUUAUUACAAACGUUAUUAUCAUUUUUUAUCAACUUUUGCAAACAAAGUGACAGAAGAUACGAAUUUUAUUUCUAAAAUUGUGAAAACAGUUCGCUGAAGGCAGCAAAGUUCAAAUAUUCAUCGCUCCAGGAUUUUAAAAAUAUUUCACUUUCAAAAAUACUCUUCUUCAAAAGUUAGGACUUACUUGAGGGGGGAAAAAUGUCCUUGGUGCCAAUGAUCUUCUCCGAUUGGUGGGAGGACUUAGAUCGUCCUCAUCGUCUUUUUGAUCAAAAUUUUGGAAUUGAUUUAAAUCUGGAAGAUUUGUUGAACACGGUUCCAAGUUCCGAUGAAAUGGUCGUCUACAGACCUGGUAGACGUUCCUUCCGCAGACGAUAUCGUCCUUACUCCCGAAGGAGUCACGGCAAUUCGAUUGUCGAUUCGGAUAAGGAUAAAUUCAAAGUAACACUUGAUGUCCAACAAUUUCAGCCAAAUGAAAUAAGUGUCAAAGUGGUUGACAAAAAUGUAAUUGUUGAGGCCAAACACGAGGAGAAAGAGGAUCAGCAUGGUUGGAUUUCUCGGCAAUUCCUUCGUAAAUACACAAUUCCAAAUCAGUGUGAUGUCGAUAAAGUGGAGACUUUUCUCUCAUCCGAUGGCGUCCUGUCAAUCACGGCUCCCAGAAAACAGGAUCAAAUUGAGCCCAACGAGAGAAGAAUCCAAAUUCAAUUCACUGGCCAACCUGCUGCAGUUCGGCAAACGCAGCAGUCGAUUUCCAAUGGAUCUGCGGAAACAAUAGAUAAUAAGGAACAGGAUCAAAAAACUCCAACUACGCCCCAAAGGGGACGAAAAACAAAUGCAAAAUCUACUUAAAUUUAAAUAAAUAUUUUUGCUUUUAUUUUUCCUUUAAAAUUCGUAUUUUUUCUUUCAAAUCCGUAUUUUUGGUAUCAAACCAGAAAAUUCGGAGACAAAAAUAUAUUUCACUUUUGCGAGUUAAAUACUUUCAACUAGUGCGUAAAUAAACAUCUUUUCAAAAGAUCGUAUUUUUUAAUUAAUUAUUAUAAAUAUUUGUAAACAAGUAGAAAACAUAUAAAUAAAUAUUCAGUAUUUUAAAUCUAA